CUGCAGGCAGAGAGGAGAGGAAGGUUGCCUUCUGCUCAUGUGAGGUUUUCCUCAAGAUGAGUGGGUUUUAGCUGUUACAGUUUUCUGUCCUUGGUUGAAUUUUUUUGCAAACCUUUUUUAUUUCAUAUCUUCUUGUAACUAGCAUAACUUUUUGAGAAGAUGGAACUUCCCGUUAGCUUCUUCAGCCUCAUCAGAAUGGGGAAGCUGUAGAGUUGAUGAAAACUGCUGAGGAAAAUGUUCAGGGACUGUGUCCACACAAGAUAAAAAGUUACCCAUCAAUACAUUCUAUAAAGUGCUGAGCACUUGUCUUGUAUCGUAACGCCUUGUGUGUGAUGUAAAGGAUGUAUUUAUCAUGUCAGUUUUCUUACACAGGCUGUAUGUUGUGCAGGUUCAUCAUACUUCUGUAGUGAGUAAAGGGCAUUUGAGGUCUGACUAAUGAUUGUAAAGCAUGCCACUUUGUUACGUGGAAUGUAUAUAUGUAUACAUACACACUUCCUGAAUAAAUGAAGUGUGUGAUGAAAUCUCAAGUGAAGAAGUCAGGUUGCUUCUUGUUUGGAAACAAAAGAAUUGUGGAAAGGCUUUGGUUGGAAGGGACCAUAAAGAGGAUGUAGUUACAGUGCCUCCUGCUCUGGGCAGGCAUGCCCUCCACUAAAUCAAGUUGCUCAGUGGUCCAUCCAGCCUGGCCUUGAGCAUUUUCAGGGACUGGGCAUUCUCUUCUCUGGGCAACUUGUUCCAGUGCGUCACCACCAUCAUGGUAAUGUAAGCAUUUCGGUUACGAAAGAGAGAGGAAACAGUCAUGUCAGCUCUUUGUCCACCACCAUCUCCUGCAGUUGCUAAGACAGAGAUCUCUUUGAGUGGCGAGUCACCAUUAUUAGCUGCCACUUUUGCUUACUGGGACAAUAUUCUUGGCCCCCGAGUGCGGCAUAUCUGGGCUCCAAAGACAGAACAGGUUCUUCUCAGUGACGGUGAAAUAACUUUUCUUGCUAACCACACCCUGAAUGGAGAAAUACUUCGGAAUGCAGAAAGUGGUGCAAUAGAUGUGAAGUUCUUUGUUUUGGCGGAAAAAAAAGUAAUCAUUGUGUCAUUAAUCUUUGAUGGAAACUGGAAUGGAGACAGAAGCACAUAUGGACUAUCAAUUAUACUUCCGCAAAGUGAACUUGGCUUCUACCUGCCACUUCACAGAGUGUGCGUGGAUAGGUUAACACAUAUUAUAAGGAAAGGAAGGAUAUGGAUGCAUAAGGAGAGGCAAGAACAUUUCCAGAAGAUUGUCUUGGAAGGCACGGAAAGAAUGGAGGAUCAGGGUCAGAGCAUCAUUCCAAUGCUGACAGGAGAAGUCAUUCCUGUAAUGGAACUCCUUUCAUCUAUGAAAUCACACAGUGUUCCAGAGGAAAUAGAUAUAAGUGACACAGUGCUAAAUGAUGAUGACAUUGGGGAUAGUUGCCAUGAAGGCUUUCUCCUCAAUGCAAUUAGUUCACACCUGCAGACCUGUGGUUGUUCUGUAGUCGUAGGAAGCAGUGCAGAAAAAGUUAAUAAGAUUGUGAGAACAUUGUGCUUGUUUCUGACACCGUCUGAGCGGAAGUGUUCCAGACUCUGUAGAAGUGAGUCCUCUUUCAGAUAUGAGUCAGGACUUUUUGUUCAAGGGUUACUCAAAGAUGCAGCGGGAAGCUUUGUGUUGCCCUUUCGUCAAGUAAUGUAUGCCCCAUACCCGACUACACAUAUAGAUGUGGAUGUCAAUACAGUAAAGCAGAUGCCCCCUUGUCAUGAACACAUCUAUAACCAACGACGAUACAUGAGAUCUGAGCUGACAGCAUUUUGGAGAGCUAAUUCAGAUGAAGAAAUGUCUCAGGAUCGUAUUAUCCACACAGAUGAGAGUUUCACACCUGAUCUAAAUGUCUUUCAAGAUAUCCUGCAUAGAGAUACAUUAGUAAAAGCCUUCCUGGAUCAGAUCUUUCACCUGAAGCCUGGCUUGUCUCUAAGGAGUACUUUCCUUGCACAAUUUCUGCUAGUCCUUCACAGAAAAGCCUUAACUUUAAUAAAGUACAUAGAGGAUGACACGCAAAAAGGAAAAAAACCUUUCAAGUCUCUUCGUAGCUUAAAGAUAGAUCUUGACUUGACAGCAGAGGGCGAUCUUAACAUAAUAAUGGCUUUGGCUGAGAAGAUUAAACCGGGUCUACACUCCUUUAUCUUUGGGAGGCCGUUCUACACUAGUGUACAAGAACGUGACAUGCUCAUGACUUUUUAAGGUCUUCUCUGCAUCUGAUAUUGCAGUCCUGCAGAGCAGGAGACUGUGGAGUGACCUCCACACUGAUGACAAGCAUCAACGACUGAGAGUGAAGCAUCAGGAGCACAGUAACACUGAGGUGUAUCCCAAGCAGUAGGGGUCUUGUUAGACGAAAUUUCAACUUAGCUAGAUAAGCAUGAUUUUAAUUAAUUUGUGUCUUCUGUGUGUUUUUUAAUUGUAAAAAUAAAUGUUGUCAGAAGUCCCUUGGCCAUAUUGGCUUAGUAGAUAAAUGUGGACAUGUUUUGGUGUAUGAUAAAAGAAGCAUUUUAAUUUUUAUUCCCCAGAGACUUCUUUCAGGUGUGUGUCAAAUUUUCCCUGUUCUGCUGUGUCAGUAUUUUCAAUGUUUCCACAGAAAACAGUACAUACGUCCUCUCUAACCAUGGAAGUUGCAAAAAAGGCACCUUCCAAGAGUUUCAGUUUUUAAAACUGUUGUUGUUAUAUAUGUGGUGCAAAUCUGGAAUACUACUUUCCUCAUCUGCCUCUUUUAACACUACUUGCUCCUCCCUUUAGAGCAUUUAAACAUAUUUGGAAUUUUUAAUAUAUUAUGAAAUGCUACUUCUGAGUGCAGAUUGUUGAUUAUUAGCAGCUUAAAUAGCAGUACGUUGCACAUGGCAACUAGGUCAUUACUCAAGCAGCUUUGUACAUGUAAGUGCCAACCAGGAUCAGCUAACUGAGGUCUUUCAAAACAGAAGACUUGUGUCAUUCCAGAGCAGUUGCCAGUCUUUCUGUUGUGUAAACUGCUGCUGGUAGUUCCACUGUCAGUUUCAAUGAGGUUCAUAGAAUCAUUUAGAAUGGAAAAGUCCUUCAAGAUCAUGGAGUCCAACCAUUAACCCAGAAUUGCCAGUUUCACCAAUAAACCAUGUUUUUGGACUCUACCAGGACCAGUGAUUCUACCACUUCCUGGGCAGAUUGUUCCAAUGCUUAACAAAAUACUCAGAUUAAAGUAUUAGAUUCUUCCAAAGAACAUCAAGGUGAUAGCCGAACUAAAAGAUUAAUUUUUUUUUCAUUUACAUCACCAUUAAUAUAUUUAGUAAUCCUUAAUUCAGAGAUGUGCACAGCUAUGAACUAAUGUAAUUAGCAUUUUAGUAAGUUAGGUCUAGUCGUUAAGCUUACCUGUCUUCUUAGUUGAGCUUAGCAUAUCUCCAAUUUAGAUUGAAAAUCAAAACACUUUUUCUAUUGGUAUGCCUCAACCUUUCUUUCUCUGUAGCAUGUAGAGCAGUGUGGUAUCAGGUGAAUCCAGACUGGUUUUUUUUACCCAGUACAUCUGUGCUUCAUGUUGUUGUAUCUGUUCUCCUUUUGGACAAGUACAGGAAAUAACUCAAUAUUCAUUGGAAAAGUGAAAGAGCUGCACUGAUUGGAGAAGCCAUGGCUGCUUUAUUGCUUCCCUUGUUUGUAACUCUCCUUUGUAAAUACAUUUCUGUUUUCAAGAUAACUUUUUAGUGUUACUUGUGUGCCGUGAGGCAGAAAAGUUAGACAAAACUUAGAUUCACAACUUUUCCUGAAAUGUCUAAUACUCAGAUUUUAAAAGAAAUGCUGUCCUUUAUUUAGAUGCCCAAAAUACCCUUACAUUUCCUAAAAGACAAAGAUUCUCAAUCAAGUGUUUAACAUUUUUGUGACUUAGCAUCAUCAGUGUUACCUGGUUGCAAAAGAAUUGACAUUUCUGGAGCCAUCUUUUUGCUGUACAUGCAUGUAGAACUCUUGCAGUAAGCUUGGUCGUUCACCAAAAGAGCUUCUCAGAAUUAUGCUGACAUCAGUUACUUGUGCUGAGAUUCUGUUUGUCAUUCUACCAGUGCUGUUCCCUUCUGUGUUUUCAGUCGAGGCAUUAGAACCUGAAUGUGCUUAAGUUGUUACUCUCCUGUCUAAGAUAGUGAAAGAAAUGUAAUAAACACUGGUGAAACUUCUAAUGUAGAAGGUGUGUCAAAAUAUAAGAACUUUAAAUCUGCUGCUGAAAUUAAUCCUUUCAGCUUGAUAAGUAUUGGAAACUGAACACUGACACUACUAACAGUCAAGCUGUUUGUUUACUGAAGUUUCUCUUUUUGAGGUUACUAAAAACUGGAAAUUCAGUUGCUACUUCUGUUGCACAGCUGUCACAAGUGCAGAAUGUAUAGUGAAGUAUGUUGUUAAAUGCAUCUGCAUGUUGUGUUGUAAAUCUAGCUCAGGAAACAAAGUAUUCUAAUAAAAUUCAUGCCCAAUUUUUGGACUUUAA